AUGAGGACUACAGACAUCAGGGACAACAUGGAGGACUACAGACAUCAGGGACAACAUGAGGACUACAGACAUCAGGGACAACAUGAAGCACUACAGACAUCAGGGACAACAUGGAGGACUACAGACAUCAGGGACAACAUGAAGCACUACAGACAUCAGGGACAACAUGGAGGACUACAGACAUCAGGGACAACAUGGAGGACUACAGACAUCAGGGACAACAUGGAGCACUACAGACAUCAGGGACAACAUGAGGACUACAGACAUCAGGGACAACAUGGAGGACUACAGACAUCAGGGACAACAUGGAGCACUACAGACAUCAGGGACAACAUGGAGGACUACAGACAUCAGGGACAACAUGAGGACUACAGACAUCAGGGACAACAUGGAGGACUACAGACAUCAGGGACAACAUGA